CCAACGCAGCACUUCCGAGAAGGGAGAAGAGUGUGUUGAGUCAUCUGCUGCAUUAUCUAUCGUAGACUCCGUCCCACCAUGUCUUUCCCGAGACUACAAACUGAAUGGGAUGAAAUCGAGUUGGAAUAUCAACAACUACAGGAAACUCACAAAGUAUACAGACAAAAACUAGAAGAACUCACUAGUCUUCAGUCCACAUGCAGCAGCGGCAUCAGUAAACAAAGGAAAUCGCUCAAAGACAUAAGGCACAGUCUGAAUAAGAGUAUACCAAAGUGUGACGAGAAAGAAUUGGAAGUAUUAAAAGACAUCAAGAUUCAAAUCAUAGAAAAGGAGAAUGUGUUCUUUGAAAUGGAAUCAUAUCUGCCAAAGAAGAAUGGCUUGUACUUAAGUCUAGUUUUAGGAAAUGUAAACGUGACCCUUCUCAGCAACCAGGCAAAAUUUGCAUACAAAGAUGAGUAUGAAAAAUUUAAAGUUUUCAUGACAAUAAUACUCCUGUUCGGGGCCAUAACCUGUCUCUUCUUCUUAAAUUACCGUGUCACAGAUGAGCUCUUCAACUUCUUGUUGGUGUGGUACUAUUGCACGUUAACCAUACGGGAGAGCAUCCUUAUGUGUAAUGGCUCUAGAAUCAAAGGUUGGUGGGUAUCUCAUCACUAUGUGUCCACCUUUCUGUCGGGAGUCAUGCUCACAUGGCCAGAGGGACAAAUGUACCAGAUGUUCAGGAGCCAAUUCCUGGCGUUUUCCAUAUAUCAAAGCUUCGUCCAGUUUCUCCAGUACUACUACCAGAGCGGCUGUUUAUAUCGGUUACGAGCUCUGGGGGAGAGAAAUCAGCUGGAUCUAACAGUAGAGGGCUUCCAGUCUUGGAUGUGGCGAGGACUCACUUUUGUCCUGCCUUUCCUUUUCUUUGGCCAUUUUUGGCAGCUCUACAACUCGAUCACUCUGUUUCGCUUGGCAGGACAUGAAGACUGUAAGGAGUGGCAGGUAUUCAUGUUGGGCCUCACCUUCCUUGUGUUGUUCACGGGUAAUUUCCUCACCACUGUAAAGGUUGUCCACCAGAAAAUUCAGCAAAAUCACGAAAAGGUGCAAAAGACGGACUAAGUGAUAUCUGAAAAAGAUCCAAGUGGUCCAAAUGGCCAGUAAAUGUCAAAUUGAAGGCAUGAGACACGAUUAGCAGAAAAGGAAGUGGGAGCCACGGUUUUCCUCAGGCAUUGAUGAAUGAACGUCUAGCAAAAGUGGUUGGGGGAUUUAUGCACUCUAAUCACUAUAGGAGGUAUUUGCUGCACAUUAACUAAAUGGUGUACACAGCAUAGAUUGACCACUGCAAAUUCUUGUUUUUUUGUGAGGAUAACAAUUCUAAUUUAUUUUAACAAUCUUUAUUUGUGUAUGGGUUAAGUGGGCUGUACACAUUAUAGAUGGACCACUGCAAACUCUUGGUUGUUUGUGUAGAUAAGAAUUCUAAUUUAUUUUAAUAAUCCUUAUUUGUGUAUGGGUUAAGUGUUUUUUUUUGUAUGGUGUAGGAAGUUAAACCAAUCGGGAUUUCUCCAAUGAUAUGCAAUUGAAGAGGCUGGGUAGCAUUUCUGUGUCAUGACCUUUUUUUAUAUCAUGAGCCUUCAAAGACCUUUGUCUGUCCAGUGGUCGCUGCUUACACCACCAUUAGGUGGGGCAACUGAUUAUUGCACUGCAUACAGUGAUAAUCCUUUUCCCCCAAAAAAGGUACAAACAAGUGUUCUGUGCAUCAAAUAAAUUGGACACAAGAAAUUUGAUUUGAUCACCUCUUCCCUAGCACCCUUGUUGCGUCCACACAACCUUUAAGGUGUCGAUGGUACACUGAGACACCUGAGGGCUGCUGCUUCCCCUCCUCCCUUCAGGCAUCUUGGUACAUUGUACUUAAGAGAUCUCGGUUUAUAGAUGAAAUACAUUCCUUGCAGAUAUUGCCAUGUAUGCGUCAACUUGUUUUGGGUCAAAUGAUUGUUAACAAGCACCUAUUUUAAUGCUCUAAAGCUAUUUUUUUUAUUAUUAAAUCUGCUACAGGUUCGUCGUAGCCUGGUAAACAAUGUGUUGAAAGGAUGUGUGUGCAUUGAGUUGUUCCAUUCAUUUAUUUUGUUGAUGAAUAAAUAUUGUCGUGAAAAUAGAUGAAAUUGUGUACAUUUUGCCUGCAGAACACUAUAUUGAACAAACAACUGCUGUUGAUACUCGUACUGUAAAAUAGUCUAACAGGACAAAUAUGGUUUAUACACCUAGGUCACCUAUCAUUACUCAUAUGUUGUUUCAAGGGUCCACCUCCUGACUUAUGGUCCAGGGAUAUUGUUUAGUUUUCAGAUGAUGUUAAUGUGGAAUAUCAUGUAGUUGCUGGUCUCUACUGCCUUAUCGUCCCGGUAGCUUUUUAAUUCACCACUUCUUUUUUUUUUGUGUAGAAUAUCCAAAGAUGUUGGUGUUUGUGUUGUACUGUUUACUGUUUAAAUGUCACUUUUAUUUUUUUGGUGGUUGUUGAGGAUGUUUUUUGUCAACAAAAUGUUUGACCACAUUUUCACAUUUAAUGGACAGAAUAAAUGUCCUGAAUAAUUCAAUGUAGCUAAUGAUUAUUUUAACCCUGCUUCACUCACCUCAAAUCUGUAAAAUGUGCCUGGCCAUUAUCAGUAAGAGGCAUUUUUCUGUGCAUUGCAUUUAGAUGAAUAAAACCUGUUUUAAACUUGAAGCCAUUUCAUUUUAUGAAAAAAAAAUAAAAUAAAA